AUGGAAUAUUCAUGCGUUGGAUUAAAUGAUUUACCUGAUGAAAUUCUUAUGAUUAUUUUUAAAAAAAUGAGCAAUCUUGAAGUACUUUAUUCUUUACAACGUGUCACUCAACGACUAAAUAAAAUUGUUCAUGAUUCAAUUUUUACAAGUCGUUUGACUUUUGUCAAAUGGUUGUCACAUAAUUUUAUCGAUCUAUUUUGUUGUAAUAUGAUACUUGUUCGAUUUUGUUUACAAAUUUUACCUGAAAUUCACGAUAAAAUCAAAUGGCUUGAUCUUGAAUCAUCAUCCAUGAAACAUGUUUUACGUGCUACCGAUUAUCCUAAUUUACAUACUCUCGGCCUUUAUAAUAUUAACGAAGAGUUAGCUCAAUGUCUUUUUACUGAUGAAACUCUUUCAUCUGGUGUUUUCAAACAUCAGAUUACAACAUUUUCACUUACAAUUGAUAAUAAUAAGGAGACGGUAGAUACAGUUGUAAACAUAUGCGAUUAUAUAUUGAAUGUUUUCACCAAUCUAAUUUAUUUAAUAUUUUAUGAAUCAUCGUAUAAAAAUCGUGUUCGAUUAUUUUUUGAUGAUCCACCUCCUCCUACUUUUCGUUCUUCAACUCUUCUGAAAUUGAAUGUUAGAUUACAAUGUUUUGCUGAUUGUCUUUUUCUUCUCGAUGGCCGCUUUAGUCAACUUCACACACUCUAUUUUGUUUUGGUUAAUCUUCAUCGUACACAAUUAAUUGAAAAACCAGUCAUUUUUACAAGAAAGCCCUCUAUGUGGUCAAAUAACAAAACAAAUUUUGUUUUUUAG